UAUCAUAUGAUUUUUGAUUGGCAAAACGCGUAUACAGAAAUCAAAAACACUUUCAAGGCCAGACUCCGAUCGAAAGCAGGAUUUUGGGGAUGGCAUGGCGGUCUUCUCCUUCCCCAAAACCGCAUCAACCUACCUCAUCAUCCUCCUCACUUUGAUUUUCUUCUUCCUCCUUCAAUUCCCCUCAUCAAACAAUCACCAGGGUCUCCCCACCACCCAAAUCCACCGGAGGUCACUCCUCAACACCACCACCACCACCACUUGUUCACACAUUCUUCAAAUCCCACAAGAUCGCCGCUGCUCCUUUUCCACCCUCCACUGCUCCGCCCACUCCAAUGGCCUCCUCAACUACUUCUCCUUCCACUUCUGUCACUUCAAUCAAAACCCAUUUCUCUCAGUCCCCUUUCUCUCCCUCACCGUCGUCCUACAGUUCUACAUCCUCGUCAAAACCGCCCAAGAUCAGUUCUCCGUCGUCGUCACUAAACUAUCCACUCACUUGAAUCUAUCCCCUAGUAUGGGUGCAGUCACUCUUCUUGCACUCGGAAACGGCGCUCCUGAUGUGUUCGCAUCUGUCGCAGCCGUCGGUGGCGGAAACCCCCGAACUGGAUUCGGUGCGAUUUUAUCCGCCGGGACUUUCGUUUCAGCUCUCGUCGUUGGUUUUGUCGCGAUCUACGCAGCUCCCUUCGCCGUCUCCCCUGCGCCUUUUAUAAGGGACGUGUUGUUUUAUCUGACGGCGGCGUUGUUUCUGUUCUAUGUGUAUCUUAGUGCUGAGAUUUACCUAUGGCAAGCUGUGGGAUUCGUAGGGUUCUAUCUGUUUUUCGUUGGUUUUGUGUUUUGGAUGGAUUUAGGGAUGGAUAAUGGUGGGAAAUUGAAGCGUGGUGGUAGUGAAGUUCAGGAUCAUAAAGGUUCCAUGGAAAUUGACCCUGAAAAUGGAAGUAAUUCAAUGGAUUUUACCAAGAAGAAGACAACCUCUGGGAUUCGACAAGCUUUUAACAAGAUAUCAAAAACAUGGGAAGUUCCAGUGAGAAUAAUGUUAAACCUAACAAUCCCACAAUCAUCACCUUCAGAAUGGAACAGAUUCUAUCGAUCUGCAAACAUUGCGUUAUGUCCUCUCGCUCUAAUUCCAUUGCAUAGUCGAAAAAAGCCCCCCAAAACAGAGCAACUGCCAAUAGUUCUAAUGGGAUUCAUCAUGAGUGUGUGUUGGAUCUCCACCAUGGCCGGAGAGCUUCUCAACUGUCUGGCGGCCUUAGGGUCACUCCUGGAGGUGCCGCACUCUCUGCUAGGGUUGACUGUGUUGGCAUGGGGGAACUCAGUAGGGGAUCUAGUGACGGAUGUUGCUGUGGCAAAAGCAGGGCAACCUGCCAUGGCUAUGGCUGGAUGCUUUGCUGGACCCAUGUUUAAUAUGCUUUUUGGGCUUGGAAGUGCUUUGGUUAUACAGACGUUUAAUGUUUAUCCAGAGGCUUAUGAGCUUGAAUUUCAUGUUAGUAUUGUGGUGGCGUUUGUGUUUUUGGUUUUGAGCCUUAUGGGGUCGUUGUUGGUUGUGACAUGGUGUAGAUUUCAGGUUCCAAGGUUUUGGGGAUUCUGUCUUGUUGGGUUAUAUGUGUUCUUUAUAGCAUUAAGUCUACUCAUUGCAAAGUUACAAUUCUAA